AUGAUGCCAAUCUACAAUUUAAAAACGAACUUACAAUCCUAUGGACAAACACUAAAAAUGUGUAAGAUACUUCUCAAAGGUGAUAGUUAUUUUAAAGGUAAAGAUGUCGAUACGACGAAAAUUAACAAAGAAAUACCCAUCAAAAGUUAUUGCUAUAAUGAUGAUUGUAAAACAAAUGGAGAACGUAUUAAUGCUUUGACCGUAUAUAUAUAUAUGGAAUUCAAAAAAUCAAUAAGACAAACUGAUUAUAAUACGUAUGAUGAAUGCUUAUUGAUGUGGAUAAGUAAUAUAUUAUUUAGGAUACACGACAAAAGCAACCCCAAAAAGGUUAAAACACGUUAUAUUGAUACUAUUACUUUAAAUAGUGCUUAUGAGAAAUAUUUAAAGGAUCAUAAAGUAAAAUUGAAGUAUUGGGAAUUUUUUGAUAGUAUAAAGGAUUUGAAAGAAGCUAAUCUUAGGUAUAUGGCCGAAUUUUAUAAAUUACUUAAUAGAAUAUGUAAAACAAUUGGAGAUUAUAAAAAUAACGGUGCUGGAAGUAAUAAUCUUUCUAAAUAUUCUAAAAAUUGCCUUACUCAAUAUAGAAGCCUUUAUUUAAGCAUUUCUGAAUGCGACUCAUAUCUUCGUUUAUUGAAUAAAUUAAAAGGUAUAUAUGAUGAUUUUAGAGUUUCUGCUAUUAAGGAAAAUAGUUCAAACAAUAAUUUAGAAACUAAUUUAAAAAAACUUACAAAACCAAAUGAAGAAGAGAUGAACGCGGUGAGAAGUUUUAAACAAUAUAAAAUCCCUAAAAAAAAAUGUUAUUCCCAAAAAAAAAAAACGGACCCACCAAGACCCCAAGCAUCAAGCCAAGCAGCGGGCUCUGAAAAUAAAGGGAAUGUGGAGGGCACUACACAAAGCGUGCAAAAAAAUGGACCCAAUACAUCAAAAGGUAUAGAUUCUGGAACAGGAAACACUAAAGAUAAUGCAAAUAUUGAAGAAAGUGGAAAAAAAGGUUCAAAUAGUGUCACAACAAAACAAAUUGCAGAUUCUAAAUCAGGAAUCCCAAGUGACGGAACAGGAAAUGAAAAUUCCAACAAAGGAGGUGCAGCUCUUGGAACAGGAGGGCCAGGCAAUGAAACAGAUGGUGGACAAAGUAGUGUACAAAAUGGUCAAGAAAGUUCAGGUGGUGGAACAAAAGAUACAAAGAGUGUACAAGGUGAUGUACCAGAUGGUCAAAUAUCUAAUGGUACCCAAGGAGGUGAAAAUACAAGUCAAGAAGGUACAAGUGAUGGAUCAGGUAGUGACACAGGUAAUCAAGGAGGAGAUACAGGUGAUGAUAAAGGAAGUACAGAUAAUAAUCCAUUAAAUGGAGGUGGUGAACAAGGUGGGCAAGAUGAUCAAAAAAGUCAAGAUGGAUCAAGAGAUUCAGAAUCUGGACCAGGUAGUGAACAAAAUCCCACACCUAAUGGCUCACCAACGCCUCAAAAACAUACAUCUCAAACUCCAUCAGGAACGCCACACAUUUCAUCACCGUCGCCAGAUCCUAAGGAACAAACUACCCCAUUUCAAUCGUCUCAGGGCACGUCUGGAAACCAAAAUUCUGAUCGAACCAAUCAAGAAGGACCUAAAAAACCAGUGACAAGUCCAGUGGUUAAGAAAGAAAAUAUAGGAACCGAAUUAAAAGGAAAUGUAAUAACAGAAAUAGGUGGUGAAUAUGUAUUAAAAAAAUACAAAAAAAUUGGAUUGUCAAUUAUAGUUAUUCUAAUACCAAUUACUUUAACUAUUCUGCACAAGUAUUUGUCAUCUGGAUGGAGAAAAGAAUUAAAGAAAAAAACAAACAUGAAAAAGGUUAUAAAUUCAAUUGGAGGAAAAAAACAAAUACAAAUAAUUAUAAAAUCAUCUAAUCAAAAAAAGAAUACUAAAAAAUCUAUAAAUUCCGUUUAUGGGGAAAAAUCUCCAUCAUUAAAUAUAUACAAGAUUAUGCAGGCUGAUCCUGUACCAUUUAUUAAUUUAUUUUUUUUGCUGAUUUUUUUUGUUUAUAAAAGAAAGCGCGAUUUCAUAGAAUUAUAA